CCACACAGUCGUCGUGCGCUCGGGUCGCUUUCCCUUUCCCUUUCCCUUUCCCCCGUCCGCCGCCUCCACCCACAGAAAUCCUCCCCGUCGAAGCUUCCACCUCGGAGCCCACCAAAUCCUCCCACCACCGCCAACAACAACUGCUCUGCCUUGCUACAUACAUAACCCGCUCAUCGCCCCCCAAUCCCCAUCCCCGUCCGUCCACCAGCACCCCAGCCCGGCCAACCUCCGCCGCCGCGUCCCCGCCCCAUUUCUCCCCCGUUCCGCCGCCGCCGCCGCACGCGGUCGACCGCGCAGGCCUGACUGACAGGCACCAACAGAGCUAUGAAGUAUUUUGAAUUCAGAUGACAUAAGGAGUAUUGAGUCUUAUAUAUUUGUUUAGAAAGAGAUGAAAGUUGGUGCUCUUCUGACCUCUGCUGGAAUCAACAUUGGUCUCUGUAUACUUUUCCUGUCAUUCUAUUCCAUUCUGAGAAAGCAGCCACAAAAUGUUAAGGUCUAUUUUGGGAGAAGGAUUGCUGAGCAGCAUAAGCGGCUCCGAGGGGCUUUUAUUUUGGAGAGAUUUGUUCCGUCCCCUAGCUGGAUUGUGAGAAGUCUGCAAUGCACGGAGGAUGAGAUCCUAUCUACUGCUGGUUUGGAUGCAGUUGUUUUCAAUAGAGUUCUAGUAUUUAGCAUACGCAUAUUCUCCUUAGCUGCCAUUCUUUGUUUAUUUGGAGUUCUCCCCUUGAAUUAUUUUGGACAAGAUAUGCUUCAUGAACAGCUUCCUUCAGCAUCAUUGGAGACAUUUACAAUAGGAAAUAUGCAAGAGAAAUCAAAAUGGCUCUGGGUCCAUUGUGUCGUGCUGUACAUCAUAUCUGGUGUAGCUUGCUUUCUUCUAUAUAUGGAGUACAAGCAUAUUGCUAGACUGAGGUUACUUCAUCUUGUUCGAACAAAGACCAAAGCUAGCCACUUUACUGUCCUUGUUCGUGGGAUACCAAGGUCAACUCAUGAAUCAUUCAACAGCGCUGUCGAAAGUUUCUUUACGACGUACCAUGCACCGAGUUACCUAUCUCAUCAAGUUGUUUAUAAAGUUGGGAAACUUCAGAAGAUAGUGACAGGUGCAAAGAAGGUUUAUAGGAAGUUCAAGCAUUUGAAGGACACCACAGUCGAUCAGACAUGCAGAUCUGUGACAUAUCGAUGUUGUCUUUGUGGGGUGUCCUCAAAUUCGUUCCAGUUGUUGCCCACUGAAGAGCAAGAGAGGGGAAAACCUUGUGUGAAAAAUUCAAACUUGAACUUACCUGCCGAGGAAUGUGCGGCUGCUUUUGUAUUUUUCAAAACACGGUAUGCAGCGCUAAUUGUAUCCAAAAUUCUCCAGACAUCUAAUCCUAUGAAAUGGGUCACUAGUCUGGCCCCAGAACGUAACGACAUGUACUGGUCAAAUCUUUGGUUACCGUACAAGCAGCUUUGGAUUCGCCGCAUAGCUACACUUCUUGGUUCUGUUGUUUUUAUGUUCAUUUUUCUUGUACCUGUGACAUUUAUACAAGGUCUAACUCAGCUGGAACAGCUGCAGCAAAGGCUCCCUUUCCUGAAAGGGUUAUUGAAAGGGAAAAUCAUGACCCAGCUAGUAACUGGAUACCUUCCGAGUGUGAUCUUGCAAAUAUUUUUAUAUACUGUCCCCCCAACCAUGAUGCUAUUUGCGACACUAGAGGGACCUAUUUCUCAUAGUGAAAGGAAGAAAAGCGCCUGCUGUAAAGUAUUAUACUUCACCAUUUGGAAUGUCUUCUUCGUCAACGUCCUAUCAGGUUCUGCACUUAACCAACUGAAUGCCUUAUCAAGACCAAAGGACAUUCCAAUGGAGCUUGCUAGGGCAAUUCCUUUACAGGCUACCUUCUUUACCACGUAUGUUCUGACUUCAGGAUGGGCUAGUCUGUCGUCGGAAGUUAUGCAGCUCUUUGGUCUUAUUUGGAACUUUGUAAGGAAAUAUAUUUUGAGAAUGAAAGAAGAUAGUGAUUGCAUCCUCUCGUUUCCCUAUCACACUGAACUACCAAAAGUUCUGUUGUUUGGACUAUUGGGCUUCACAUGCUCUGUGCUAGCACCUCUGAUCUUGCCCUUUUUACUACUGUACUUCUUUCUUGCCUACAUCGUGUACCGAAAUCAGUUCAUCAAUGUUUAUUGCACAAGAUACGACACAGGUGGUCUAUAUUGGCCAAUUGCAUACAAUGCAACAAUAUUCUCUCUGGUGCUGACCCAGAUCAUCUGCCUUGGUGUCUUUGGCCUUAAAGAAUCCCCAGUAGCUGCAGGCUUCACUGUACCUCUUAUCAUCCUCACUCUUUUAUUCAACCAGUAUUGUAGAAUGCGCCUUCUGCCGUUAUUUGGGACUUUCCCUGCACAGGUCUUGAUAGACAUGGACAGAGAAGACGAGCAAUCGGGCAGAAUGGAAGAGAUUCACGAGGGCCUUCAUUCUGCCUAUUGCCAGUCCACCGACACGGAAUCGGCCGAUGACAUAUCUCUGGAAAGAGUUCCAGCUAUCAGCACAACAGAUGAAGAGGGCAGCGGCAGCUCAGGUGAGCCUAGCAGCAAAGAAGGCGCCGGCCAACCAGGAGCUACAAUUCGGACGGCACAGCCGCCCGAUUCUCAACCCGAAUUGUCUCACCCGACCCUGAAAGGGCUCCCCGUUGAUCGGCUGCGGCGCGUGGUGAGAUCACUGGGUUUCAUGAUCGGACUGCAGAAGAGAGGCGUGUCAGCGUGAGCUGUGGUUGGUGAAUGUACAAACCGCAUACAGUGUGCACAUAGGACAACACAGAGAGACAACAAGAUACCAUGCAAAAAAGAAAGAAGAGAGACAACAAGAUACACACAUACGGAUACUACGCGGCUCCAAGGGUAAAAAAAAAAUGGAGUGUUACCUGUUUAUCUUUCUUUUUUUGAAUGAAAGUCGAUGUAUUUUGCCUGUUUUGGUUGCAAGGGUGCAAUUUUGUGUUCAAAUCGAUGUCGGCGCAACUUUCAGGCCAUUCUGGUUGCAAGUUCGUUUUCGUGCAACCUCAGCUAAACCAGCUCUUGUAAAAGGAAGCAAUCCAAGCCUACAUGUGCUUUUCUUCUCAA